AUGGACUUAGGCCUGGAGGAUGCUCGCCAUUUCACAGUGAGCCCGAAUGCUGACAAGAUAAGGUCAAACAUCCGGGCAAUGUACGAUGAAGGGGUCCCGUUCUUUACGAAAGCCGCCAUCCGGGAGGUCUAUCAACAGCUGAAAGGGGAUUUGGGACAGGGGCAGACGAUAUCAGUAAGGGGCCUUGAUGGCGUUAUUGCCGAAUUUGACGUCUGGGUCGACGAGGUCGAGGCGCGAGAUGACGAGCUGCCCGAGCACCUCGAACGAGUUAUAGUCAAGCCUAUAAUCUUUUAUGCAUCGUCGGACUAUCUUCAAAAGUUUAUACAGGAAGAGGAUCAUGCGUACUGCAGCCUGCGUAUUUACCAUACAGACACCCUACGAGACAGAAUUACAAAGGAACCGGUAGCCCGUAUCCCGUCUAGUGAGCUUGUUAAAGGUGCCUUUAAGGAAGCCCUAGAGCAGUGGGAGUCGAGCGAAACCUGCCUGAAUUUGCAGUCAACAUUAAGCAAGAUGACAUUUCAUCCUGACUUAAAGAUCACCAAGAUUAUUGCAUUUGCAUGUGCAAAUAUCACCUUCCGAUUUAUAAGGAACCCAGAUGGUGAGAUGGAAAAGGACUGCUGGGACGCUUCAACGGCGCAGCAUGCUCUGAUACUUACUUUGCAGAAGAGCCUAAGCCACUUAACUGGAAGUGACAGAGCCAUCCAGUGCUUUGCGCAGGAUCCUGAGUACACACCCGUUGACUCUGAGGUACUUGCAGAGUACGGAAUCAAUACCCUUAAUGACCCAGAAGGUUUCCUUGAGGUUGACGAUACUACUUUGAUAAUUUCAUGCGCUGCCGAUGCGCCAGUAAAGGAGAUAAUCGCAGACAUCGCGCAGCCCGCUAUGAUUCUUUGGGAUUAUUCCCGGGAAUGGAAACAUAAGGGACAAGUCUGGUAA